AUGGACAUGUUUAAGAUUAUAUGGUUUUUAAUUAUUUUUGUGUCGAUUGUCAGUGUUGAAGUUGCAGGAAGACCAGCAGUAACGGGAUCAGAAGAAGAUGAAGAGCUAGAAAAACAAUUAAAGCUUCUAAACAAGCCUGCUUCAAAGACUAUCAAGACUGAACAUGGUGAUAUUAUUGAUUGUGUCGAUAUAUAUAAACAACCCUCGUUAGAUCACCCUGCACUCAAGAACCAUACCAUACAGAUGGAGCCUAGUGCUUUUCCUGAAGAAUUGAGAGGUCACGGAACCCCAUUAUCAUCAUCUAAUUUAAUGGAGGUCAAACCAAGAAGAUUAACUUGUCCAAGAGGAACCGUUCCCAUUCCAAGGAUUCAGAAGGAAGAUCUUAUCAGGAUUAGGUCUUUGCCAAAAACAACUAAGGCAAAUACUUAUAAUCCAAGUGAUAACGACAUCCAUGUAACCCAUUUUGCAGAUUGUCACAUACGAGAAGACCCAACCAAUCAUAUUUAUGGAGCAUCAGCAAUGUUUUCUAUAUAUAACCCAAAAAUUGCAACAAUAUAUGAUUUCAGUGGAGUAUCAAUAUGGAUACAAAACUUUCAGGGAGAUAAAUAUAAUAGUAUUCGAGCUGGAUGGAUUGUGAAUCCUAACCUAUACGGCGAUAAUAACACUCGUCUAUACACUCGAUGGACUGUAGAUCGGGAUGACCAGACAGGUUGCUACAAUACUCUCUGCCCAGGGUUCAUUCAAGUUGGUUCAGUUCCUCUGAAUCAAGUUCUUAAUCAACCUACUCAUGGUGAUCUCCAAAGUACACUAGAUUUAUUGGUGUUUAAGGAUCCAAAGACUAAAAAUUGGUGGUUAACCAUAUCAAAAAAUAGGAUCCUGGUGGGAUAUUGGCCAUCAAAUUUGUUCGACGUUUUGAAGGAUAAUGCUCAAAGGAUUGCUUGGGGAGGAUUUGCCUAUAGUCCUGGAAACGAGGCUGCUCUGGAAAUGGGGAGUGGCCAAUUCAAAUCAAAUGAUCAAGAGAAUACUUGUUUUGCUGGAGGCCUGCAAGUUAUAGAUGAGUUCAAUCUGUACAGGGAUCCAAGUAAAUUUACAAUAGACGCAUAUUCGGACAAGCCUGCGUGUUACGGUGUUGAUUAUAGAGGGAAUACAACGGGAGAAAUCGGAUAUAAUGUAUUAUUUGGAGGCCCUGGUGGCUUGAAAUGUGGAAAUUAA